AUGGCUGAGGAACAGCAACAGUCCUCAUCCAUCAAACCUACGAUGCAGCGACUCCUCACCAAGCAGGACGAUCUGGCUGCGUUUCUGGACACCUGCACUAGAAACAUCCAAACGACGAGAAAUCCAGCCGCCAGCUACCUGCACUCUCAGAUCGAGGAACUCAACGCAACUUGGAGCGACUUUAAAAUCAACCAUGCCAAGGUACUGGAAGACCAGCAUGCGGCGUCCCUCGCGUAUCUGAAGGAAGGAGACGCUCUUGCUCUUCAAGGAAUUCCCAUGACCGAAAACGAGUAUGACGGUGCCUGGAAUGCUCUUCGCGACCGAUACGAGAACAAGCGCGUUUUAUUGUCCAACCAUCUCGACGCCUUGGUGAAGUUGCCGCUCGUGAAACGCGAAUGUGCCUCCGAUUUGAGGAAGAUCCGCGACAGCACGAUGAAAAUAUUAAGAUCGGUCGACAAUCUUAAUCGAAGGGAAAUGUUGGACAAUGAUCUGUGCAUCUGUGCAUAUUUCACGAUGAAAGAGUUUGACUCCCAGUUACGCAAGGACUGGGAAAAAUCACUUGGAAGUAGCUCCGAUCCUCCGCUCCUCGCCAAGUUAGUUCAAUUCAUGGACGUUAACGUCCGCGCACUCGAAUCGUCAUCGUCGACGCCAUGUCUCACAUCCCCGCUCCAAAAUCGUGGCCCUGCCGACAUUGAGAAAAUGUAUCGGCAGAUUCGUGUCCAUCCUGAAAACACCGAUCUUCAGCGAAUCGUGUGGCGAUCAAUCCCCCAACAUCUUCUGACAUCGUAUCGGCUUCUCACCGUCACCUACAGUAUAGCUUGUGCGCCUUACCUGACCAUACGGGUGCUGCAUCAGCUGGCCUCCGAUGAGCAAGCCAACUUCCCGCAGGGCGCAGACGCCCUGCUGAACCAUUUCUACGUGGACAACGUGCUGUCGGGAGCCGAUAGUCUCGAGUUCGCAAAGGCGAUUCAACAGCAGCUGAUCGCCAUCUUGAAAUCGUGGGGAUUUCACCUCCGAAAAUGGGUGUCCUAUCACCCAGCUCUUCUCGCCCAGGUCGCUAAGGAAGAAAGAUUGCAGACCUCGCUUCGCUCGCUGCAGCCAGAUCAAGAAAUUCGGACACUUGGGAUCGGAUGGAACCCCGUUAACGAUGUUUUCCAGUUCCAGAUCAAUCAGAAUCCGAUCGAUGAAAAUCCUACGAAGCGGACGAUCCUGUCGGCUAUUGCCCGACUCUUCGACCCACUUGGGUGGCUGGCACCGGUCAUCAUCAAGGCCAAGAUUCUACUUCAAAGGCUGUGGCUAGCACAGGUUGAUUGGGAUCAACAUCUUCCGGAUGACAUCGCUGAAUGGAAUCAGUACGCGCAGCAGCUGCCAGCCAUUGAAGACAUCGCUAUUCCACGAUGGACCGGAAAACAGCAAUCCGCGACCGUCUGUGAGAUCUAUGGAUUCUCAGACGCCUCGAUGCACGCGUACGCGGCUGUCGUGUACUUGCGAACAUGCACCACCGCCGGGACCCGAGUCACCUUAUUAACAGCCAAAUCUAAGGUAGCACCGCUAAAGCAGCUCAGCAUCCCGAGGCUCGAGCUUUGCGGAGCAGUUCUGCUCGCUCGCCUGAUCCGGUCCGUUCUCCAAUCUACGGACUGCGAGAACCUUCCCGUCUACGUCUGGACCGACUCCAAAGUCGUAUUUCCUGGAGACGUCUCGUCAGGCGAUAAUCCAGCGGACUGUGCCUCGAGAGGCCUCACUCCGAUCGAGCUGAAGAACAUUUCGCUCUGGUGGCACGCAUCUCGAUGCCUCAGUCAGCAAUCCAGUUGCUGUCCUCAAGUAGCUCCAAUUUCCAUCGAAGAAGCAGGGCAAGAGGAGCGACCAAUUCGCGCGCUACUCUCUACGUCUGACGACUCCUGGGAACUGCUGCAAAGGUUCGUCGCCAAUCUAAAAUCGCCAUCCUCAUCAAGAACGGCGGGACCUUUGUCAGCCGUGGAGUUGGCCGCUGCUCGCUCGUUUUGGACGAAACGAGAGCAACAACGACUCUACCCGGAUGAAAUCGCAGCUCUACAAUGCAGCUGCCCGCUUCCACGACGCAGUCCGCUGCGCAAACUCCAUCCGUUCCAAGCCGAGGACAAAAUUUCCCGCGUUAGUAGGCGGUUGCGAAACGCUCCUCUCGCCUACGAGGAACGACAUCCAGCUAUACUUCCGAAACAAUCGUCCUGGACCCAGUUAUUUAUCGCCGAAGCUCAUCUCGUCACGCUACACGGAGGAAUCCAGCUCACUCUUAGCCAUCUAUUAAUAAAGUACUGGAUUCUCGGAGGUGUCGAUUACGCUGGCCCAAUCCAGCUUCAGGUAACCAAGGGCCGAGGCCAAAAAUCUCACAAGGGUUACAUCGCCUUGUUCGUCUGCCUCGUCACCAAGGCAGUGCACCUAGAAGUGGUGAGUGAUUACACCACUCAAUCAUUUCUAGUGGCCGUUAAACGAUUCACAGCACGCCGAGGUAUCUACUCCGAAAUGCUCAGCGAUAACGGAACCAACUUCAAGGGAGCUGACGCCGAGCUCCGGGCCCUGUUUAAACAAUCGAGUGCUUACUGGACGAAACUCGCAACAGGCCUCGCCAACGAAGGAACUAGAUGGCCCUUCAUUCCUCCUGCUUCUCCACACUUUAGAGGACUUUGGGAGGCCGGAGUCAAAUCGACUAAAUUCUAUCUUAACCGAGUCAUCGGUGCCCGCAUCCUCACCUGCGAGGAAAUGAUGACGAUCCUCGCUGAAGUCGAAGCUUGUCUAAAUUCCAGGCUUUUAUCGCCCCUGAGCAACGACCCUGACGACCUCACCGCCUUGACUCCUGGACAUUUCCUGAUCUGA